ACCGAGUAAAGCAAUCCCUGCGAAAUUGCGGAGGUGUCUGAUCGUUACAAUUUUGUACAAAAAUUAAUAUCAAUCGCAUCAUUCAUUUCUGUAAUAAAUUAUUUUUCUUAAAAAAUUGAUUGAAUAUCCCUACAUUCAUCCCCUUUAUUUUCCCUAUAUAUAUAACAUAUCAAAAACAGUCAACAUCUCAGGAGAUCCACAUUUCAUCAUUCAAAUCACCAAAAAAAUAAAACUAAGAUCUCAACAAAAAUGGCCACCCUUUCUGUUCCUGCUGCUCUCCCUGAUGUUGCUGAGGAUGUUGAACAACUACACAAAGCCUUUUCAGGGUGGGGAACGAAUGAGGAAUUGAUCAUAACAAUAUUGGCUCAUAGGAAUGGGUACCAACGCAAGUUGAUCCGUGAGUUUUACCAGGAAACCUACGGUGAAGAUCUCCUUAAAACUCUCGACAAAGAGCUUACUAGUGACUUUGAGAGGGCAGUACAUUUGUUUACCCUGGAUCCUCCAGAGCGCGAUGCAUUUUUGGCUAAUGAAGCUACUAAGAAGUUCACUUCCAGCAACUGGGUUCUCAUUGAAGUUGCUUGUACACGUUCUUCAGAGGAUCUCUUUAAUGCUAGGCGAGCCUACCAUGCUCGUUACAAGAAAUCGAUUGAAGAAGAUGUGGCUCAGCACACCACUGGUGACUUCCGCAAGCUCCUGGUUGCUCUGCUGACCUCGUUCAGAUAUGAAGGACCGGAGGUUAACACACAUCUGGCAAAAUCAGAGGCUAAGAUACUUCAUGAGAAGAUCUCAGACAAGGCUUAUGCUGAUGACGAUCUCAUUAGAAUCAUCGCUACAAGGAGCACAGCACAGCUCAGUGCCACACUCAACACCUACAACAAUGAGUAUGGUCAUGCUAUUACCAAGGAUCUUAAGGAGGAUCCUAAGGAUGAUUACUUGAAGUUGCUAAGGGCAACUGUCAAGUGCCUGACCUGCCCUGAGAAAUACUUUGAGAAGCUCCUUCGUCUUGCUAUAAACAAGAUGGGAACAGAUGAAUCAGCUCUAACAAGAGUUGUCACCACCCGGGCUGAAGUGGACAUGCAGCGCAUCAAGGAAGAGUAUUAUCGCAGAAACAGCGUUCCCCUUGAUCAUGCUAUUGCUAAGGACACUCGUGGAGAUUACGAGAAAAUGCUGAUUGAGCUGGUUGGUUCUGAGAAUGCUUAAACAUCUACCUGAGGAUGGUGAUUGCUCCGGUUGAGACUUUAUGUUUUGUACUAGCCACUGUUAUGGUUGGAUUUUGCUGUUUUAUUGUACUUCCAAAAUCAGGUUGAAUAAAAGAUUGAGUAUAUGGGUUUUAAACUUCUAGUCCAAUUGAGAAUCUGAGACCAAUGUACAUCAGGCAAGAGAAGGUUGAGUUUGACUGUUUGAGCUUA